AGCGGUCGGGAGAGUAAAUACAGAAAUCCCCAAGAUGGCGGAGUCACUGAGCUUCAUUCACUUUGGUGCAGCGACCAAAAGCCCGCUCGCCAAAUCUAGAGAACCGAAACUAGCGUCGGACACCCGGCCGCAGUCUUCCCGGGACAUUCACCCGCCGCCGCCCAAGCGAGUCCGAAACGAUGAGAAGAGCCUUAAACCUAAUAAACUAAAUGGGGAAGGAGGUGGCGGCGCAGUGGAGAAGCAGCACCAGAAGCAGAGUUCAGGCAACCCGAUAACAUGGACCUUCAGCCCCGUCAAGGCGAGCAGCAACCCCUCGGCGCCCCUCCAGCCUCCCAUUCACACAGUGUUCAAGCAGAGCGCUUUCCUCGCCUCCCAUACCAAACCACCAUCCAAAAGCCCAAGGAAAAACGAGAGAAAGAGAAGGAUUUCAAGGAAAAGAAGAAACAUAAACCAGUCCCUGGUACUCCUGGAAAUAUUAGCAGCAGUCUGAGUAACGUCACUACUGUAAUGAAGAAGGAGAACGGGGAGAUGAAGUUGGUACAAAAAGACCACACCAGUAAGGACAAGACGAAGAAGAAGAAGAAACACAAAGUGAUGAAUGAGAUCAAGAGGGAGAACGGAGAGGUGAAGCUCCUUCAGAAAGACAAGCAGAAACCCAAAAUAAACUCAGAGGAGCUCCAGAUUAAAAAGGUGAAGAAAAAGAAGAAGAAACACAAAGAGAGUGAGAGAGAGAAGGAGAAGUGGAAACGGACCAAGAUGUACAGCAGGUCCAGCCAGACCGUGUGUGCUGGUCUCCUCUCUGAGCUCCACGCAGGCCUGGCCUCCAAACAACACCACCACCACCAACACCACGGCCACACAGACAGCAAUAGCAGUAGCAGUAGCAUUAGCAGUUGGGACCCAGCUUCCCCCAUGACCUCCCCUCUCCAGAUCCCCCAGCCACGGUGCCCCCAGCCUGGCUUUGAGAACCUGGAGUUCGCCCGCUUCAUCCACGUAGAGGAACAACCCAACGGUGGAGCCCUGGUGGCACACGCCUACUGCAGCGAGCUCUCGGCCCUGUCUCCAGCAGAGAUGCAGCAGUUCGCCCAGGAGUUUGUUACCCUAGCCUUCAGUGAGGACACGUCAUCCCAGGCAGCUCAUUACGUCAUGGGCAUCAUCCACGGGGCGGCCUCCUACCUGCCAGACUUCCUGGACUACUUCUCCUGGAAGUUCCCCUCGUCGCCGGUCAAGAUGGAGAUCCUGGGGAAGAAGGAUAUAGAGACCACCACUAUGCUCAACUUCCACAAUCAGGUAAAGAGAACGUACAGCCACGGGACGUACCGGGCAGGUGCCAUGCGUCAGAUCAGUCUGGUGGGGGCAGUGGACGAGGAGGUGGGGGAUUACUUCCCAGAGUUCAUCUCUAUGCUGGAGGAGUCGCCCUUCCUAGAGCGGACGUUACCGUGGGGUACGUUCUCCAGUCUGAAGCUGAAGAGUCCAACAGAGAGUGAUGACGGGCCCAUCAUGUGGGUACGACCUGGGGAACAGAUGAUCCCUGUUGCUGACAUACCAAAGUCUCCCUACAUAAGGAGAAGGUCAACCAAUGAGAUCAAGAACCUGCAGUACCUACCUCGGGCCAGCGAGCCUCGUGAGAUGCUGUUUGAUGACCGGACGCGUGCCCACGCUGACCACAUCGGACAGGGCUUUGAGAGGCAGACCACCGCCGCUGUAGGGGUGCUCAAGGCCGUGCGCUGUGGAGAGAGGUGGUGCGGAGCCCCUCGCGUUACCAAAGACGUGAUCUGUUUCCAUGCUGGAGACUUCCCUAAUGUAGUCCAGAGGUUACAACUGGACCUGCACGAACCGCCUCUGUCCCAGUGUGUGCAGUGGGUGGACGAUGCUAAGCUGAACCAGCUGAGACGCGAGGGGAUCCGCUACGCCCGUAUCCAGCUGUACGACAACGACAUCUACUACAUCCCUCGUAGUGUGGUUCAUCAGUUCAAGACUGUCUCUGCUGUCUGCAGCCUGGCAUGGCACAUCCGCUUAAAACAAUACCACCAAGAGCCUCCGGCCGAGGAGGAGAGGAAGGUGGACGUGUCGACGCUACGAGUCAAACAGGAGGAGUUUGGGGAUGCCUUGAUGGGAGGGACCACAGCUCCUCUCACAGACCCCAAACCCCUCAAAGACAGACACACUGCCCACCCAGAGGUCAAAGUGGAACCUCAACCUGCGGAUAUAAGGCUGCCCAAGCCCUCUGUCACCUCACCCAUCACCCCCCUACCAGCUCCCAUCACCCCCCUACCAGCUCCCAUCACCCCCUCCCUACCAGCUCCCAUCACCCCCCUACCAGCUCCCAUCACCCCCCUAACUCCCUACAAAUCGUCUUUCCAGGACACCAAGCCCAAAUCACAUCACCAUCAUCCCCACUACUACCACCACUAUCAUCACUCAGAAUCACAUCAAACCACUACCACACACUCUUCCUUGUCUUCCUCACUCAAACCCUCCCCCACCUCCACCCCCUCAUCCUCUCCCAAACCCAGUCCGUCAUCCUCACGUACCCCCUCUCCCAAAUCUAGCCCCACUUCUACACACUCUCCCUCCUUCAAACCCAGCCCGGCUUCCACUCGUACCCCCAGUCACUCUCUCUCACACAAACCCUGCCACACCCCUACCCUUACCCACACCCCUACCCCUACCCUUACCCACACCCCUAUCCCUACCCUUACCCACACCCCUACCCCUACCCUUACCCACACCCCUAUCCCUACCCUUACCCACACCCCUACCCCUACCCACACCCCUAUCCCUACCCUUACCCACACCCCUACCCCCUUUUUGACGCCCUCCCCUGCACCCCUUCUAUCUUCUUCAAGCCUGGCCUCCAGCCACACAGAGAGCAGGAUCCCUACACCCCAGUUCCGACCCCAACCCCAGCCCAGACCGGACAAACCCCGGCCGGACAAACCCAAGGACAAAGACACUUCUCUUUACCCAAAGGCCCCAGUCACCCCCCCGCACCACUCCUCCCUCUCCUUUAAACACCACCUGCAUGAGCAGCAGCAGAAAGACUGUUUCUACUGAUCGUUGUACAUAGUGUUUUUAAAUGGCUCUCUUGGGUUCUGUUUUAAUCCCAUCUAAAGGAAGGAGAAGACAGAAGUAAAACCAUGAUAUCAACACGGUGUGGGAUGUAUUCUAAGGAACACGUAAAGCUCUGUUGCUCUGCAUCCUAAAUGGCGCCCUAUUCCCUACAUAGGGAUCUACUUUGUGACCAGGGCCCAUAGGAGAGAUCUGUUCAAAAGUAGUGCACUAUAUAGGAAAUAGGGUACCCUUUAGGAUGCACACUUUGCUCUGUUCUGUUACCGAAUGAAUACAUUGCAAAUGUAACAUUCCUCAGUGCCUGUCCAUAACUGUGUAGCCUGGUCCCAGAUCAGUUUGUAUUGUCUUGUCUCAUUGUUGACCGUACAGUAGGAGUUGGCUUGGCAAGAACGCAUAAACUGAUCUGGGACAGGCUAAUAUCUGUGAACUGUCAAAGCACUUAGGGCCAGAAGCACUGGUACUCUGCAGGUCUGACAAACAAACAGGUCCUUAAAUAAUAUAUUUUAGUUGUAGGUUCUAGAUGGAUUAUUAUUACAGCUGACAUUAACAUAUAUCUAUUUUUUGUAAGAUGAUGAGAGACAUUAUUUUAAAGGAUUACUCCAGGCUUUUUUUGUUCCCCCUCAGAGGCUUAUUUAUAUCAAGGAAUCUUUUAGUUUUCAUAAUUUUUGUUCGAUUUUAAUUGUCAGCACUGUAGUGUAAAUAACUUUUUGUAAGGAGAAAAACUUGUAGUGUGAUUUCUACAUAAAGAUGGACCUCUUAAUAAAGGUUAACGUGAUGAGUGAUGUUUGAUCAUGGGGCUACAGUGGACACCAGAUGGACCUCUUAAUAAAGGUUAACGUUAUGAGUGAUGUUUGAUCAUGGGGCUACAGUGGACACCAGAUGGACCUCUUAAUAAAGGUUAACGUUAUGAGUGAUGUUUGAUCAUGGGGCUACAGUGGACACCAGAUGGACCUCUUAAUAAAGGUUAACGUUAUGAGUGAUGUUUGAUCAUGGGGCUACAGUGGACACCAGAUGGACCUCUUAAUAAAGGUUAACGUUAUGAGUGAUGUUUGAUCAUGGGGCUACAGUGGACACCAGAUGGACCUCUUAAUAAAGGUUAACGUUAUGAGUGAUGUUUGAUCAUGGGGCUACAGUGGACACCAGAUGGACCUCUUAAUAAAGGUUAACGUUAUGAGUGAUGUUUGAUCAUGGGGCUACAGUGGACACCAGAUGGACCUCUUAAUAAAGGUUAACGUUAUGAGUGAUGUUUGAUCAUGGGGCUACAGUGGACACCAGAUGGACCUCUUAAAUGUAUCAAUUGACCAAUUCGGCACAUUUGGGCAGACUUGAUACAAAAUAUUGUCCAGUAUUGCAACGCUUCACUGGAUCAAUCUGAAACUUUGCACACACUGCUGCCAUCUAGUGGCCACAUUUUAAAUUGCAAUAUGAUGGCCUUUCAAAGAUGGAACAAAGAAAAAAUGUAAAACAAAUGUUUUUUUUAUUUGUAUUAUCUUUUACCAGAUAUGUGUUCUAUUCUCCUACAUUAAUUUCACAUUUCCACAAACUUCAGUGUUUCCUUUCAAAUGGUACCAAGAAUGGGUAUAUCCUUGCGUCAGGUCCUGAGCUACAGGCCGUUAGAUUUGGGUUUGUCAUUUUAGGUGAAAAUUGGAAGAAGAAAAAAAGGGUUGGAUCCUUAAAAUAAAGGUCAAUGUUGUGUUUGAU